CAUCACCGUACAAAACCAAUCGUCAAGUAGAAUCCACAAGAUCAAACAACACCUCGAAAGCAAAGGACCUGUAAGAUUUCGCCAUUUCACAGCCUCCGUCGCAGUGGACCAUCAUCAUCCGGCCGGUGCCCCACAGUUUCCCGACAUCCGAUUCCCACGCGGCCGGUCUGGUCUUUUAACCUUUGUUUUGUUUGGGAUUUGGUCCUGGUUCCAAUAGCCAUACAUAAACCAUGGUCUCAUCUACUGCGCUUAAGCAAACAGCGCUCGUCCCUCCAAACAAUACGGGGAGGCUCCGAUACGCAGACUCCAAAGACCUACCUAGCUGCCCUUCUUCCGGUCUCAAGGACAACAACGGAGCUGCCAGUGCCGCCGCGACUUUGGGAUGGACCAACAGGAAAUCGGUCGAAUAUCCAAAACCAGAGAUAUCGACAGCUCCCGCUUCUUCAGCCGCGACUUUGGGAUGGACAAACACCAAAGUAGUUGAACAUCCAAAGGCAGAGCUAUCAAAGACACACGCUUCGCACGCCAAUACCGCUGCAGUCCUGGCUAACGGCCAAAAGAUGGCGUCCCCAACGAGUAACGGUUUGGAGGUUUCGCGAACCAAGAGCAAUGCCGCAGGAUCACAAGCGGCUAUCUCGGCAUUACGUGCAGCUCAAAGACAACAGAAGCAACAGCACCAACCCCAACCUCAGCAGCCUAAGCUUACCCUGCAGACCUCAAACUGGGGUAACUCGGCUGCGAAUUUGGCCUUCAAGGGACACAAGUCACCGACCUCUUCUACCCUAACUGUCCCAGAGACACAUAGUUCCGCCUUGACACGGCAAGCAUCACUGCGCGCAGCAAGGGAUGCUGUGGCCGGGCGACGCCCGCGAUCGAAGUCGCAACCUCAGCCGAUAACCGACAACACCGCAUACCCUGACAAAGAAAACGCAACCUCCAAUGCCCUCAGCGCCGCGGCCAAGUCGAUGCGCUCUCCAUCUAUUCGUUCGACGGACGGAGCCGGCGCCGUUCCGUACACAACCAUGAGCAGAGAAAUGUUUACGUCCCGACCUCCUGUCAAGCCUGAAGUCGAUGAGAAGCAGCGGCAAGACGUUCUCCAUGCUUCCGCUUUGGCCAUGGCCAAGCGCAUGUACACCCAGCAGCAAAAAACGAUCGACCAGUCCAAACAAGCGCAAGGGAGGAGAUCCUCCUUUGAGCGCCAUGGUACCAGCAACCCAACAGAUCAAAACGACGAAGUGGAACGCUCGCCGGUGGUAUACAACAGCCUCCAAGACGCCGCCUACCGUCUCGCGCAGGAACGUCUUGCCAAGCUGCACGACGAACACCAGAAGAACCGGGAGAUGCAGGAGUACUACACGGGUGCUUCGCCCUCCUCCAACCAGGGCAACAGCGCCGGUAGCGCAUUUGGCAGCAUCCGCAACAAACUAACCAGGCGUCGGUCCUCCAGCGACGGCGACAUCAUCGCCGCCAACGACCGCCAGCACUCCCAGCGCAUUCGCAAGCAAAUGUCCCUUUUCAACACCAAGAUCGCCGAAGUCGACGAGCAAAAGCGAGCGCGCGACCGCGAAGCGCUUUUGCAAGCCGCGCAGCGCAACGUCAAGGCGCGAUUGCAGGGGAUGGAUGAAAAGCUGUAUGCGGAAAAGGGAGUGAUGAUUCCGCACACGAGCAAGAGCGAUUGGGAAGUAAAGGCACACGCUGCGGCGCAGGCGAGGUUCGAUGCGACGAACAGUGGCAAAAGGUCGAUGGAUGCGGGCCAAGUGGAUAUCGGUGGAGGGAAGAUGGUAGACAGGGCGAAGGUGGAGGAUAUCGCGGCGAAGAGGGUGCAGCCGCUGCUGGAUGAAAUCAAUGAUCUUGCGGAAAAAGAGAGGGAGAGGAAGGCAACGUUGAAGAUGGAAGAGGAGAGGAAGAAGGAGGAGGUGGAGAAGAAUAAGAUGAGGGAGAAGGAGGUGGCGAUGUUGCACAAGCAGUUGAAAGACCAGCAAAAAGACAAGGAGAAGGCUCUGGCGGCGGAAGUCAAGAGAGAAGAAAGGCAGCGAAAAGAGGAAGAGAAAGCGGCCAAGGCCGAGCAGAAGCGAUUGGCCAAGGAGGCCAAGGAGACCAAGGAGGAGAAGCAAACUGGAAAGGGGAAGGAGCCCGCGACCGUCGCUGAUUUGGACCGAAGUUCGCCGGACAACCAACCAAUGGUCCGACCACCGGUUGUCCAUAGGAGGACAGACAGUUCAGGGUUGGCCAGGUUAUCCAUGCCCUUCCUCCAAAGACGCACAUCGCCGCUUCAACGGGUUUCAACAUCACCAGACGAGGGAACGAGUCCCAUUUCGGAUCCGCAAUCGGUGGCAUCCCCAACUAGCAAAGUGAAGGCCUGGUUAAAGAGCCGCUUCUCCCGUCCUAGACGAGUAUCUGGCGCAUCUGUCGCCUCGCCGAAAGUAGUUACAACGGCGGACGGUACCGCUGAUGCUGCCAGCCCAAAUGCGAACAGGGGCUUCAUCGGUGGCAUGGCCCUAACCCGGAAGCUAGGUGAAAAUAACCCCAGUGUCCCCUCCAUUGUUGGAGACGACCACAGCGGGCCGGGAAGUAUCCGCGAAGUCGCCCUUGCCGGCCUCUCAGCUCCCAGCCCGGUCCAGGCGUCGGCGACACUGGCGCCAGCCAUAACACUGCGAGCGACGGCACAAGAUGAACCUGGUGAAAGCAGUGGCCUUACGACCGUCCCUAACAACCCCACCGGCGCCCUGGGCACUGCCGCUUUGAAAUCUUCCUCUCGACCUAUCAGCGCCAUUGGUAGUUUGGACGCACUGGCUACCGUCACCACCAUCACCACUACUACUACCACCACCAAACCAGCAGUCCGCGACCGUCCUCCCUCCCCAUCAGCCCAAGACCAAGGCCAAGUCCAACAACCACACCUCGUCCUCCCCUACGUCACCACCACCACCACCACCACUGCCCCAGCCGGAGGCGAAGCAGAAGUCAACUCCGUUAGCAGCCUAAGUAGCUCAGACUUAAGCGAUAGCGUCUACAGCAGUGUAAGCAAUAACAGCGCUUCAAGGCCUGCUCAAGACAACGACAACGACAACGAAGACGACGAGUUCCUAGAAGCGAGAAGCAUUUUUUCCAGCGACGGGCCGCAUACACCACCAUCGGCGGGGUUCCCUCCGGUGGUGAAUGGGAUGCAGGUUUCUGUCACACAACCUACCCCCAGUAUUGGUAGUGAGGGGCAUGGGCAGUUUUUGAUGGUUAAGCCGAGAGCUAGUACUGGGUCUGGUUUUGGGGUGGGGAGUGUGAGUGGAAGGAGUCUGAGGGAGAGGCCGGUGAGUCCGGGGGGACUGAGUGUUGGACAGUCGUCGAUCAGUGGGUGUGGGAGGAUUAGUCCGUUUAGGGAGAGUAGGUUUUCGGAGAAUUUUGAUAAAGAGGAUUAAGGGGUAGUGGAUAAGGUUUUGUGUUUUUAAUUGUGGCACUUGGGUUUGUUUUGGAUAGUGUUCUUUUCUUGGAUGGUUGAUACCCUUUUCG